GCAUGCGCGAUAACACCUACUACACACUUCCUUCCCGGUUCGGAGUACGGAAGUAAACUCCACUGUAAUCAUCUACAGAUCUAGACUCUAGAUCUAGUCUGGGCGUCUAUUGGAUCUUGAUUUCUGAGUUGUUUUCAAAAUGUCUACGUUUACUUUGAAGAGUACUUAUGCAUCUCUACCAAGAACUACUAGGGGCCAACCUAUUGUCAUAAAUGGAGAUCCCAAGGGAGAAAACUUUCUGUAUUGCAAUGGAAGUAAUGUUUUUAUACGAAAUAUUAAGGAUACUUCUGUGUGUGAUGUCUACUCUGAGCAUGCCAAAGAGACUACAGUUGCCAAGUAUUCACCAUCUCGAUUUUAUAUUGCUUCUGGAGACAAAGAAGGCAAAGUGCGAGUUUGGGACACUGUCAAUAAAGAACAUGUCCUGAAAAUUGAACAUUGUGCUCUUGGGGGACCCAUUAAAGAUUUAGACUGGACAAUGGACAAUCAGAAACUUUGUGUCGUUGGCGAGGGCAGAGAAGUCUUUGGUCGUGCAUUUACAUUUGAUUCUGGAAAUUCUGUGGGUGAAAUCACUGGGCAUAGCAAGCCCAUUAACAGUGUGUCCAUAAGACAGGGUCGGCCAAUGAGGAUUGUCACAGGAAGUGAAGAUUUCACUGCUGUCUUCUAUGAGGGACCACCAUUUAAGUUCAAGUGCACUAAGGCUGAUCAUCAGAACUUUAUUAAUUGUGUUCGUUACAGCCCCGAUGGUGAAAAGUUUAUAACUGGAGGAGCUGAUGGAAAACUCUUUGUUUAUGAUGGCAAGUCUUCUGACAUCAUUGGAGAACUUGGGGCACCCAAAGCACAUGCUGGAGGCAUUUAUUCUAUCUGCUUCAGUCCAGAUGGCAAGAAACUUUUGACAGUAUCUGGUGAUAAAACAGCUAAAAUCUGGAACCUUGACAGCAAUUCAGUUGAGACAGAAUUCAUCCUGGGCAACCAGGUGACAGAUAUGCAGGUUGGAUGUUUAUGGCAAGGAGACUCUAUUCUUACAGUCUCCCUGUCUGGUUACAUCAACUAUUUAGAGCCUGCUAGUCCAUCGCAGCCGAAGAAAGUCAUCAAGGGUCACAACAAACCUAUCAUGGCAGUCGCAGUCAAUGGGCCUCAGUUCUACACUGCAAGUAGUGAUGGUCUGAUUAUUAGUUGGGAGGCUGCCACCAGCCACAAUGAUGACUUCAGGGGCAAAGGUCACACCAACCAGGUGACAGACAUGGUCCAAGACGGAGAUUACCUAAUCUCUGUGGCUAUGGAUGACACUGUGCGAUACACCCGUUCUGCCUCAUUGGAAUACAGCAAUGACACACUCAAGCUUGACUCACAGCCAAGAGCAGUAGACAGUAAAAAUGGCAUAGCUGUAAUUGCUUGUCUACAUCAUUUGGUUGUGCUUCAAGCACCAGGACGUAAACUAUCCACACUUCCUGUCAAGUUUGAGGCUUUGAGCGUCAGUAUCAGACCUGGUGGUACAGAAGUAGCUGUUGGAUCGAAAACUCAGUUGCAUAUAUUUGAAUUGAGCAAUGGAACACUGAAGGAAGUAAAAACAGAAGAGUCUCUGGAAGUGACCACUGUAGACUACUCACCAGAUGGCGCUUGGCUGGCACUGGGUUCUAAGAACAAAGUGCGUCUGAUCCAGUUGGAUGGCUGGAAGGAUGAAAUAGGUGGCUGGGGAGAACAGCACACAGCCAAAGUCACUUGCGUCAAGUGGUCCCCCAAUUCACAGAGGUUUGUGUCUGCUGCUAUCGAUUCACAUAUCAUCCUUUGGGAGUUUGGAAAGUAUAAAGGCCAAAAACCUUCUGUCAAAGCACAUCCCAUGAGUCACGUGAACAAACUUGCUUGGUUAGAUAACCACACACUGGUGACAGCUGGUCAAGACUCUAAUGUCAAACUUUGGAAUGUCUCAGAAUAAAUCCAGUCAGGCACUUAGCAAAUUGAUCUAGUUAAAUACCAAUUAUUUCAAAUCAGCACUUUGAGUAAAGAUACUUAUGCAUUAUACUACUUUUGUCACCUGUUGGCUAAUCAUUUUUAUCAAUGAUUUUAUUUGAGGUAUUUGCUUUAAAUUAACUGUGAGGUAUGCUUUGUGUUCAAAUAUUUGGUUGCCUGCUCAUUUAUACUUGUACUAUUGUCGGGAAUGCUUGUUAAAAAUGUAGUCUUUUUGAAUUUAUUGUAAACUCUAAGAGUGCCUAUCUCUGUGUUGUUCUAGUUUAAAAUCAUGGUUUGCCCCUGAUUAUAAAUCAAGUGAUUUACAUCUUAUAUACAUAUGUUUAUUUAUUUUCUGCAAGACUUUGGGACUCACCAAAACAAGGCUGUUAAAUACUUUUAACCUUUGGUUUAGACACAUUGGUGAAUGUUAAGACAAAUCCUUUGUUUACUGUCUAAGUGUAUCAGUACUAUGUAAAGUGCAGCUCUCCAUUUAAAACAGGAUGUCAAAGUCAGCAAUACAAAGUAGUAGAUCUUAUUAGUUUUAUGGAAGUCCAUUACAAGGCCAAGAUUUCUUUGUAGACACUGUUUACUGUGACUUAGUUGUAGACUAAGUGCCUUACAUGCUUUUACAGCUGUCUUGAUCCAGUCCUCUCAUUGUUGUAUUCACUACCGACUCUUUGAGAGAUAUCAACUGAAAGCUGUAAGGUGAAAUGUUUUUAAUUAAAUAAUGUCUUUCAAAUA